AUGAAGUUUGACGAUAUUUUUAAAGAAAUAGGAGAAUUUGGCCCAUAUCAGAGACGUAAUUACGCAUUGUUAAUUAUAGGAUGGAUGAUAACGGGUCCUAUAAUGACUUUUUCUGUGUUUGUUUUAGGACUUCCAGAUCACAGAUGCAAAAUUCCUGAGCUUGACAAUGACACAUACGCCGUCCAGGGAACACAGCACAGUGUUCUUAUUCACAAUUACAUUCCUUUAGAUGGAGAUGGAGAGUAUGAAAAAUGUUCCAUGUACGAUAUCAGCCAAUCAGCGACGAAGUUUGACAACAAAAGUCGACCAAUUAACGCUACAAGAAUAAAAUGUACGGCUUGGGUUUAUAGCAAAGAUGUCUUCUAUGACACCUUUGUUAUGAAGGAAAAUCUGGUAUGUGAUGAUAAAUAUAAAAUUUCGCUCUCAAAGACGAUUUUCUUUGCCGGUGUUUUGACGGGAUCCUUCGUGUUCGGAAUGAUAUCGGACAGAAUAGGACGCCGGAAGACGCUUUUAAUUUCAAUUCUGUUUGAGCUGUCAUCAACCCUUGCAUUGGCGUGGUCAUACAAUUACGUCAUGUACGUCAUUCUAUGUUUCUGUUCUGGGGCAGCAUGCGUCGGAUUGUUUAUGACGUCAUAUGUCAUAGGAAUAGAAUGGGUCGGACCCUCAAUGAGGACCUACGCCAGUUUGAUUAUAGCAUUCUUUGGACCCGUAGGAGAGUUAUACCUAAUAUUGAUCUCCUAUUUCGCUAGAGACUGGUUUUGGAUAUUUAUUGGAAUAUCUCUUCCGUUUGGAAUAGACGCACUUAUUUGGUGGUUUAUUCCCGAGUCGCCGCGUUGGCUUUUUAGCCAAGGGAGAAACAAAGAUGCCGCCCGAAUUUUAGAAAAGGCGGCAAAAUACAACAAAAGAGAAGUUUCCUCAAAGAUGCUAGAGGAUGUUGUGAUAGAGAAGAAAGAAGCUGGAAAAAUAUGGCUUUUAUUUUCGGAUCGACGCCUCGGUAUAAGAACGAUCAUCCUAUUUUAUAACUGGAUGGUUGCUAGCAUGGUGUUCUAUGGCCUCUCUCUGAACACAGGGAUUCUGUAUGGCGAUUAUUACGUUAACUUUCUCAUUGUUGUGCUGGUGGAGUUUCCAGGCCAUGUUCUACCUUUAUUGAUGAUUGACAGAUUCGGAAGAAAAAGAAGUCACAUUAUCUAUAUGGCUGUCGGUGGUUUAGCUUGCCUGAGCACCAUAUUUACAGUAAACUUUGGCGGAGAAGAUUUACAAAUGCUUACGACAGCUUUAGCAAUGGUUGGUAAAAUGUUUGCCACUGCUGCUUUCGCAACGAUCUAUAUAAUCUCUGCAGAACUUUACCCCACGGCAAUUCGGAAUGUUGGGAUGGGUUCCAGCUCCUGCUGGGCUCGAGCUGGUGGAAUGAUUUCACCAUUUAUUGCAGACACAGCAGAUUUAGUGGGCGGUACUAGCGGAACUGCAAUACCAUUGGUGAUAUUUGGAGGGGCGUGCCUCAUUGCCGCGGGGCUUACCCUUAUUCUUCCGGAAACGCUACAUCAGCUGCUACCAGAAACCAUUGAAGAUGGGAAAAAUUUUACAACGUAA